GGCCCUUGCGUUGUCAACAGUGGUGAUUUCGGCAGGAGUAGGAGUAAGGAAUACACAGAAUAUAAGAUAAUACAAGAUGGUGUGUAGUAUAUGCUGUUGCUGCUGUUGUUGUGAUUGCUGUACAUUGAAAGGUAUCGCAAAAUGGAUCUUGAUUGCUUUCAACGUUGGAUUCUUCAUCGCUGGCGCCGUCCUGUUAGGUGUUGGAAUCUGGAUAGCAGUAGAUCCAUCAACCUUGGCUGAUUUCCUCUCAGCGUUUAACUAUGGUUCGCUCAACGUGACCGGGCUGCUGCUCGGGUCAGCCUACACUCUCAUCGGUAUCGGAGCCUUCAUUUUCUUGAUCGGCUUCACAGGAUUCUGCGGAGCGUGUAAGGAGAAUAAAGUCUGUCUGAUCAUUUACAUCAUCUGCGUCAGUAUCGUCCUUCUCGUCCAGAUCAUCGCGAUGAUCCUCGUAGCUGUCUUCUUCGAACAGAUCAAGAGUACCGCCCUUACAACAUUGAAGACCGCGGUCACUGAUAACUAUGACGGCAGCUGGAGCUCAUCCAAUUCGAUCUCCUUAGCUUUUGACUACACUCAAAUCACCUUCGAUUGUUGCGGCGUUGACUCUUACACAAACUUCCAAGGUGCCACCAACUGGAAUACGGCCUAUAACUACGGAGGCAGCUCCUACACAAUGACCAUCCCCCAAUCCUGUUGUAAGCAGGACGACUCCCAGUUCCCCACGGGGACGGUAAGCCUGACUGAUGGCUUGUGUCCGGUGACGCCAACGACGACGAACUCGUACUACACCACCUCUUGUUAUGACAGCAUUAUCAACUACAUCAACACGUAUGCCAUCCUUCUGAUUACCAUUAUCUGCUGCAUUGUGGGAAUUGAGAUUGUCGGAAUCUUGUGUGCCGUAUACAUCUGCAAGAACAGUUAGAGAGAGAAAAUAAAAUACGUGGAUCCAGGAUCGGAUAACGAAACAGUGAAGAAGCUAAAAAAAGAACUGAUAUUCUCGAAAGAUAGUAUUUCGUAUAAAUUCCUUCGCAGCCCUGGAAUAGAUUUAUUGAUGCCGUCGUUCCGUGACUGCCAACACAGGUCGCCAUUUUGAAUUAUUGCUCCACUAAUCGUUGAGUAAUCAGAUAGCGAUCAGUCCCGAAAUACAUGUGUGGAAACAAUUAGCGAGCACCCCCAAAUCUGUUUUCUUGCAAGGUAAAAUUAUAGUCCUAGUACAAAUGUAUCACCAACAGUGAAGAAAACAGCUGGAGGUACACACAAAUGCACAUGGAGGAUAUAUAACAGUACCCUCCUUUAUACAUUACAUUACAUGUAUUUGCAAAGAACUGCUGUCUGUGAUAUCAGUGUGAUCAGUAUUAACUCCGUCCUUAACUUUUCAAACGAUCCCAGUCUGACACGAGGAAAUCAGGGGUUAAUGUUGGUUCUCCGGCCCUCUUCGUGUGUAGGGCCGAAGAAGCGAACAUUUACCCCUGAUUUCCUCAGGAUUUGAUCUCAACCUAUGACGUCACUGAUUGAUGUCAUAAUAUUUUUUUCUGAACAUAUGUAUGGUUAGUUUUGUAAAGUAUAGUUAAAGUAUUUUGAAUGUCUAA